CUUCGGCGCUACUACAAGUCUAUCCCGCCGCAAUGGCCUUUGGUGCUAUUCGCAGGUCAGUAUCGACACGAGUAUUGUCAUACAGGCAGCAGUCAUGCGGUAGGGCAUUUUCUUCUAAGGCCAUCCAGGACUUCGACGUAGUUAUUGUUGGCGGCGGACCAGUCGGUUUGGCAUUAGCGAGCGGGUUGGGUUCUUACAGACUUGUGCGCGAGUCUCUCAAGGUUGCUCUCGUGGAGGCUGGAGAUCUGUCCAAGACGCGCGACUGGGCACUUCCUCCAGAUUCGUAUUCAAACCGUGUUAGCUCAAUCACGAACUCGUCCCGAGCUUUCUUGGAGGACAUUGGAGUCUGGGAACAUGUCGAUCAAUCUCGUACAUGUCCCGUACAGGAGAUGCAGGUUUGGGAUGGUCUCUCGGACGCACGAAUCACAUUCGACGCGGCAGAUUUGCCUGCUUCCGAUGCUGCGGAAUCGAGUGAGAUGGCCCGGCUCACCGAAAAUCUGAAUCUCCAACGCGCCCUACUUCGCCAUCUCGAGAGUAUCGAGGGUACCGAGCUUUUGCAGAAGACAAGAGUCGAGUCCAUCCAACGGGAGGACAGAGACGGCGGUCAUGGGUGGCCUCUUGUUCACCUGUCCGACGGAACCAUCCUUAGGGCUAGAUUACUUGUAGGUGCCGACGGAUUCAACUCACCCGUCCGUGCUUAUGCCGGCAUUCCUUCGUAUGGGUGGUCGUAUGAUGUCCGGGCCAUCGUUGCUACCCUCUAUCAUCCCCCCCGGGGCGCAUUCCAAGGGCCCAACCGUACCGCGUAUCAGAGAUUCCUUCCCACAGGACCUAUUGCUUUUCUGCCAUUGUCUCCCACAGUAUCUUCUCUCGUUUGGUCGACGAAACCCGCUCUCGCGGAGGCUCUAUGCCAUGCGGAGCCCGCAGCACUAGCUCAUAUGAUUAAUGCUGCUUUUCGCUUACCUGAGGUAUCUGUUCGGUAUCUACAUAAACUUAUCCUAGAUGCCCAUAGCACAGGGGCAAGCAUCUCCGGUGAAGAUAUAUGCAGCGAAAUCGCAUUUAGAGAAAAGUCGCAUGGUAUACCUGGAUACUCUGCAUAUACUUCGGUAUCAUCGAUGUUGUCCGCUGGCGUGCCUCCCAACGAUGCUAUGGCAGUUCCGCCAAUUGUGACCUCAAUCCAACCAGGAACGAUAGCAAGUUUCCCGCUCAAGUUCAACCAUGCCGAGUCGUACCUCGGGGAGGGCGUAGGCAGCCGAACGGUGCUGGUUGGUGAUGCAGCACAUACUAUCCAUCCCCUAGCGGGACAAGGUCUCAAUCUCGGUCUUGGAGAUAUUAGAUCACUCGUGCAGUGCAUCGUGCAGAGCGUCGUCCGCGGUGGGGACAUAGGGUCGUUCACAUCACUCCGUCCGUACGCGGCGGAGCGCUACUUUGCCAACCAUAAAGUUAUGUCAGCAGUGGACAAACUUCACAAGCUCUACUCAUCGACCUGGGAGCCGGUUGUAUGGGCACGCUCCGUAGGAUUGGAAGUAAUCAACGAACUCGAUUCGGUGAAGGCUGCGCUUAUGAUGGACGCUGGUGCGGGGGAUCUGGAACGCUCCCGAUGGGACCUUCUUGCAAAUGGUAUGAAGGGUGUGUCGGACGGGUUGACCACCGCGAAGAUGUUAGGUCAGGGGAUCGGAGGGGUGUUCACCAUCGGAAUCAACGAGAUCACGAGAAGACUUGGCCAACACUAAUCGCCGAUUCAUUUUUACACUUAUCCAGAGUACCCUUCCAAAAACCACGGGAGGUCUCGACGUCUUUUCAUGGCUCUUGAUGUCCCGUUCCCUAUAGGGCACAAACAGGAUACUACCAUCGUUAUCUCCUCUGUUCCUUCUCCUGCUUAUCCUGUAGCACACUCAGCGAGCAAUGGAGAUAAAGGAACAAACUAUUUCUUAUCAGUGGCAAGCCCGUGCGCAUAGAUUCGAUACAGGUUAAGCGUAAUGAUGAUAAGAACGAUAUGGACGAAUUAUUGUCUCACUGGCGCGCGGAUGAAUCAGGGCAAAUACACACUGUGGCCAUUACAUCAAACUCCAAG